AACAAUCUCAGCUAAGCUACGUGUCAACCUCACUAAAAAUUAUUACUACCUGAAUCUGCCUUUGCAAUAUUUAUUUAUCAAUUUACUGUCAUACUAAUUGUGAAUACCGUGUAGUAAAUACCUACACAUUGAAAAAAAAAAAAAAAAUAAAAUAAAUUAAUAAAUUUAUUGACUUAAUUUUUGUGUCACUUUUAAAACCAAUACGGGACAAACAUGCGGCAGCUGAAAGGAAAAACGAAAGAAACAAACAAACAGAAGAAAGAACGUAAAAAGGAAUUUUUAGAAAAUAAACAGAGAGUAUUUAGCUUAGUAUUACCAACAUUGGCUGCAAUAUUUAUUCUCAUUAUUGCUUACGUGUAUGUCAAAACUCGUCCCAAAGUUGAAUUUUAAAACACAUAUAUUUUAAAUAAUUUAAUUAUUCAUUAAUAUUUAUAUAAACGUUCAUAUAUAUUUAUAUUUUUUGUUAAAUGCAUUUAUCACGAAUUAUUCAUAAAAUUAUAUUUACAUCUUUAGAUAUUUAAGUAUUUUUCGUUCAGACUUACUAAAAAGUACACGAAUGCCCAAACAAAUUUAAAAAAAAAAAAAUUUAGUUUUUAAUUAAAAUUCUUGAACUCGAUGUAAAUUAAUAAUUACAAUCAAAUAUCAAACUCAAAUUAAUUAAUCACAGUAUUUAUAAUCAAAGUUAAUGAUGACAGAAAUUUACAAUUUAUUUUUUAAUUAAUUUUUCGAUAUUUUAUUUGAAUGGUAUUGCAAUUAAUUUUUAUUUAUUUGUUUAGUUCUUCCAAUAAUUUUUUUUUGUUUGUUUUAUUUUUGAAAUUAUAUAAAAAUGUUUCAAGUAUAAAAUUAUAUAUUUAUAAUGAAGAAUAUUUAUAUUUGUAUGGGACCAUUAAAAAAAUAUUUUUUAAUACUGAAUAAAAAAUUAAUUUAACUAAUUAUUAUACAACCAGACCUCAUUAUAAGACUAUUUGCUGUCUUUUAUACAAAUCAGGUAUCGAAAUAGUUUGAGAAAGAAACUGAUAGUCUUAUAACGAAGUCCUACUGAAUUUAUUUAUUUAAUUAAUUAUAAUCAAUUUAUUGGAAUAAGACAAAAUAAUAUUUUGAAUUCAAGAUUAAAUGAGUGGUAAUUUUAAAUAUGAGCAACAAAAUAUAGAAAUAUAGACAUUGACAUAUAUGUUAU